GACCUUCUUUAACAAAACAAAAAGUAAAAAUAGCACGCCGCCGGAAGCGGGAAAGUGGGUAACGCCCUGUACACGGCGGCUCUCACCGGUAAGAAACCCGCUAGUUGGUUAUCGACAAACACUGCCAACUAUGAACAGUGAAAUGGAAGGAAGAAACUACAUUGCACCAAGCCCAUUAAAACUGAGACAAAACCUCAAACCCCUAAUCGACUCGACUCCAACCGUUCGUUACGUCAUCGGAGAUCACAGCGCCGCCGUACAACAUCCACAGAUACAAUCACUCCUUAUUGACAAUCAACACCUUUUGACGCUUCACGAAAUUCUUACAGUGGAAUUCUCUGCUUCCAAAAACGACCUCCGCCACCUUUCCGCCGCUGCCGAGAAAAUCAAGGCUGAGAGGGACGCAGAGGUGCGCGAGGCUUAUGAUAGGGCGGUGACAAUGGAAGCUGAGGUCAGAUCGAUUGACGAAUCAAAUGCUGAACUGGCUAAAGUCCUAGGCCAUCUGCAGAAAUUAAGAUCGGAGAAGAAAGAACUCGAUGAGAAGUUGUAUAAGCUCCGUGGCGACGUUGAGAAAGUAUCGCUCGAAUACCACCAAAUUCCGUUAAUAAAAGCAGAAAUUGAAAGCAUGCAGAAAGAAAUCCAGAGAGGAAGAGAAGUAAUUGAACAUGAGAAAAGGGUGCAUGUGAGUAACAUUAAACAGCGUGAAGCAAUGGAGAAAUGCAGGAUGUUUAUGGCUCGUGAAAUUGAAAGGUUGCAGGUGGAGGUUAAUGAUGCAGUGAAGAGAGCAAGGGCAGCAGCUGCGGUGGAAGCCGCUUCAAUUCUAGGCAAUGGAUAUGGGAAUUCUGAGAUGGGAUAACCUGCCAUGGCUUUUGGCUGCUGCAACUACAGGUUGAAGAUGAGUUAAAUAUCAUCACCCGCAAAGAAUAGUUAUAGUUGUUGAUUGUGAUUAUUAUUUUGCAAACAUUAGUGUUAUACACAUAGAUGAAAUUCUGUUUUUCUACAUUAAAGUUACUGGGUUGGUUUCAAACUUUCUUGAAUAUGGAGUUUAUAUAAAAGUUUGCUUAAA